GUUGGAAGUGCGUUUCCCGCCAGGGUAGGGGAGGCGUGAUGCCAGGAGCAGCUUGAUGACGACAUUUCGGCGCCGGGUAGCCGAAUGGCGGUCUCCGUCCCUUAGGCACGGGACUUUAUGGGUCCCACAGUGGUUUCCUAAGACGGCCGUUGUCUGCGGGUCCCGGGAGGUUGCAAUGGCAUUCCCUCACCUGCAGCAGCCCAGCUUUCUGCUGGCUAGCCUGAAAGCUGACUCUGUAAAUAAGCCCUUUGCACAGCGGUGCCAAGACUUGGUUAAAGUCAUUGAGGAUUUUCCAGCAAAGGAGCUGCACGCCAUCUUCCCAUGGCUGGUGGAGAGCAUUUUUGGCAGCCUGGAUGGUGUCCUUCUCGGCUGGAACCUCCGCUGUUUGCAGGGACGCAUGAGUCCUGUGGAAUACAGCAUUGUAAUGGAAUUUCUAGACCCCGGUGGCCCAAUGAUGAAGUUGGUUUAUAAGCUUCAGGCCGAAGAUUAUAAGUUUGACUUUCCCGUCUCCUACCUGCCUGGCCCCGUGAAGGCAUCCAUCCAGGAGCGCGUGCUCCCUGACAGCCCUCUGUACCACAACAAGGUCCAGUUCCCCCCGACAGGGGGCCUUGGCCUGAACUUGGCCCUCAAUCCGUUCGAGUACUACAUGUUCUUCUUUGCUUUGAGCCUCAUCACUCAAAAGCCACUCCCUGGGGCUCUCCACAUACGAACUUCAGACUGUGCCUAUUUCAUCCUCGUGGACCGGUACCUGUCAUGGUUCCUGCCCACAGAAGGCAGUGUGCUCCCCCCACUCUCCUCCAGUCCUGGGGGACCCAGCCCCUCACCAGCUCCCAGGACACCAGCCAUGCCCUUCGCUUCCUACGGCCUCCACCACACCAGCCUCCUGAAGCGACAUGUCUCUCAUCAGACGUCUGUGAAUGCAGACCCCGCCUCCCAUGAGAUCUGGAGGUCCGAGACACUACUCCAGGUUUUUGUUGAAAUGUGGCUUCAUCAUUAUUCCUUGGAGAUGUACCAAAAGAUGCAGUCCCCUCACGCCAAGCUGGAGGUUCUGCACUACCGACUCAGUGUCUCCAGCGCCCUCCACAGCCCUGCCCAACCCAGCCUCCAGGCCCUUCACGCCUACCAAGAGUCAUUCACGCCCACCGAGGAGCACGUGCUGGUGGUGCGCCUGCUGCUCAAACACCUGCACGCCUUCUCCAACAGCCUGAAGCCCGAGCAGGUCUCUCCGUCCACCCACUCCCAUGCCACCAGCCCCCUGGAGGAGUUCAAACGGGCUGCUGUCCCAAGGUUUGUGCAACAGAAGCUCUACCUCUUCCUGCAGCACUGCUUCGGCCACUGGCCCCUGGAUGCAUCAUUCAGAGCCGUCCUGGAGAUGUGGCUGAGCUACCUGCAGCCCUGGAGGUACGCACCCGAGAAGCCGGCUCCGAGCAGCGACUGCCAGCCCCGGGCUGUGUCAGAGAGAUGGGCGCCCUUUGUGCAGGAGAACCUGCUUAUGUACACCAAGCUCUUCGUGGGCUUCCUGAGCCGUGCGCUCCGCACCGACCUGGUCAGCCCCAAGAAUGCACUCAUGGUGUUCCGAGUGGCCAAAGUCUUUGCCCAGCCCAACCUGGCUGAGAUGAUCCAAAAAGGGGAGCAGUUGUUCCUGGAGCCUGAGCUCGUCAUCCCACACCGCCAGCACCGACUCUUCACAGCGCCCCCCUUUACGGGCAGCUUCCUGUCCUCGUGGCCACCGGCUGUCACUGACACCUCCUUCAAGGUGAAGAGCCACGUCUACAGCCUCGAGGGCCAGGACUGCAAGUACACCCCGAUGUUUGGGCCUGAGGUCCGGACGCUGGUCCUACGCCUGGCUCAGCUCAUCACGCAGGCCAAGCAGACCGCCAAGUCCAUCUCUGACCAGUGUGGGGAGAGCACACCCGGCCGCCCCUUCCUGUCGUGGCUGGGCUUCUACUCCCCAGAUACGAACGGAUGCUACCCAGCCAACGACCUGGACGAGAUGGGGCAAGACAGCGUCCGCAAGACGGACGAGUACCUAGAGAAGGCCCUGGAGUACCUGUGCCAGAUGUUCCGACUCAGCGAGGCCCAGCUCGCCCAGCUCACGCUCGCCCUGGGUACGACGCAAGAUGAGAACGGGAAGAAGCAGCUCCCAGACUGCAUCGUGGGAGAGGAUGGGCUCAUCCUUACGGCCCUGGGCCGCUACCAGAUCAUCAAUGGGCUGCGGAGGUUCGACAUCGAGUACCAGGGGGACUUGGAGCUGCAGCCCAUCCGGAGCUACGAGAUCGCCAGCCUGGUCCGCAUGCUCUUCCGCCUGUCAUCCGCCAUCAACCAGAGGUUUGCAGGCCGGAUGGCAGCCCUGUGCGCCCGGGCCGACUUCCUUGGCAGCUUUUGCCGCUACCACCUCACAGAGCCCGGGCCGGCGGGCAGGCGCCUGCUGAGCCCUGUGGCGCGGGGCUCUGCAGCCAGCCGGGCCCGGGGUCCGAGGCUCAGCCUGCGCUUCCUGGGCAGCUACCGGACGCUGCUGUCGCUGCUUCUAGCUUUCUUCGUGGCCUCCCUGUUCUGCGUUGGGCCCCUGACCUGUGCCCUGCUCCUCGUGCUGGGCUACCUCCUCUACGCUGUGGCCAUGACGCUGCUCACUGAGCGAAGCAAGCUGCACCAGCUCUGACCUCAGGCCACACACGACCCUGGCUAGGCCGG